GAUUAUUCAUGGGCUCAUACGCGGGCUAUAUCGAGAUCCAAGUUAGCUUCCAUAUAACAGCAAUAACAAUUGUUAUGAUUUCUGUCCACCGGGUACAAAACUAUAUUCCCUAAAGGCGACAGGCGCGCGCGCUGUUUAACCAAAGUUUCUUAGAACGUGUCAGUUGUAUGAUCUAUCAAAACUGGGUCAUUAAAUAUAACAAGAUUUUAAAUACAUUUAUUUAAAAUUUUGACAAAUAAAAAUGCAUGCACAGAGGAACAUAGGAGUAUAUAUGUAGUAUCAUAUGAAUCAUGUGGCUAUUUUAACCGGUUCAGCCUGCCUUAUCUACAGCUAUCCGGCAGACCGGCUCCUGGAGCCCGCAGACCAGACACCUUCUGCACCGUCAAAUACUCAUCCAGCGCUGCCUAGCGGACCUCGCACUUCCCGUGUAGUAUUCUGCAUGUAGCAUAAUGCGCGUUUUACGGGCCGCCAUUUGUGUUUAGGAGGUGGAGGGGGGGCUCUGUUUUUGUUGGAAAAAAGGUGAAAGAAGGAGAGGACGAGGAGUGGAGAGGAGAGGAAAGGAAAGGAGAGGAGGAGAGCGGGGGAUCCGAGCGAAGCAAGGCCUGAUCCGGGGAGAAGCCAUAACUAUGGCUAACAUCGCAGUGCAGAGGAUCAAACGGGAGUUUAAGGAGGUCCUGAAGAGCGAAGAGACGAGCAAAAAUCAAAUUAAGGUGGACCUCGUAGAUGAAAACUUUACAGAGCUGAAGGGGGAAAUUGCAGGGCCUCCUGACACGCCAUAUGAGGGUGGGAGGUAUCAGCUGGAAAUCAAGAUCCCAGAAACGUACCCAUUCAACCCGCCAAAGGUACGAUUUAUAACGAAGAUAUGGCACCCCAAUAUUAGCUCAGUCACUGGAGCGAUAUGCCUGGAUAUUCUUAAAGACCAGUGGGCAGCCGCCAUGACGCUACGCACCGUGCUGCUAUCGCUGCAGGCCUUGCUGGCCGCCGCUGAGCCGGACGACCCUCAGGAUGCGGUGGUGGCCAAUCAGUACAAGCAGAACCCGGAGAUGUUCAAGCAGACGGCACGGCUGUGGGCGCACGUCUAUGCCGGGGCGGCCGUCUCCAGCGCCGAGUACACCCGCAAAAUCGACAAGCUGUGCGCCAUGGGUUUCGAUAAGAACGCAGUAAUAGUGGCAUUGUCCUCCAAAUCCUGGGACGUGGAGACGGCGACUGAGCUACUACUAAGCAACUGAGUCCAGCCCAACGCGCCUUGUCGCAUCGCUUCACCUCACACACUUAGCAUCCACGCGUCCGGACCGGCCAUCCUCACACGCCACGUCAUUCCGGCUCGGUCAGGACCAGGGACAAUGACCUUCUCUAAAGCGUCGUCUGUUGCCAAAUCGCAGAGGAACACUUUUCUGUCAGGCUUGUGGAAACCUGGCAUCACCGCAAGGCAUAGUGAAAGCGAUAGGGUAGGAGUUUUGGUGACCUGAAGGGUGUGCCACCUUUGUGACGAGCCGAACUUAGACAUCUUUUUUUUCCCCCAAAAAUGCCGAGUACGAAAUUAAAUGUUAGCAUCACUAAGAAAACACCUGCAUAUGUUUCAAUAUGAAGUCCUUCCGAACUUUCUCAUUUUUACAAGUGUUCCAUUAGUCAGUUACUUGACAUUCACCCAUCUGGUUUUUACACAAUCAGUUUUCACACUAUCUUUGGGUUUGGACAUCAGACCCAAACAAAAUAGACUUGAAGAUACCGGCCAUGGUUUUCUUGUUCAAACGUUACUAAAUGUAAGGGGACGUCUGGCUGUUAAAUUAUGGGUAAGCUUACUCCGGGUUUUAUGUAUGGACAAAAAGCCACUGCACUCUCCCGUUUGGGGUUAUCGUUAAUGAGACCUGGUGUCUCACGUUGCCGUCAUGGCUGGUCUUGGGCUUCCUCGCCCCCGUGUGAUUGCCGCAGAUGAAGGAUCACACAGACUCUCCACUCGUACCUACAGCCAUGUCCUUCGAAUAUACCUGUGACGGCUUAACUCCUUUCGGUACAAGAAAAGGCAGUGUCUUCCUGCUGUUCUACUACGUCGUGCGUUGCACGGUGAAACAAGGGGUCAUCACCAAUUCUUCACAUUGGAUUUUGCCACUCCACCUUUCUCUUAAAUUAAACACAAAGCCCUACAGCAUGAUUAUUUAUUGUCAAAACUGGCAUUUCUUUGAUUAAAAAAAAAAAAAAAAAAACUGUGUCUCUUU